AUGAUAGGAAUUUUGAGUACGUUCUCUCGAGUUGGCAACUCUGAAACUGUCAUGGCUAGACCAUGGUUUAGCUUCAUCGUGUUGGAAGUGCCUCUUUUAGCCUCUCCUGGGCCCGCGUCGAAGCCACAAACUGGCGAGUCCCCUGUCCCUGCGAAAAAUAUUGAAGCUGUUGUGGCAGAGAAGGACGAGGAGAUAGAGAGAGUCAUGAGAGAUGUCGAAGCCGGAAAAAUCGCACUGGCAGCAGAGAGAGCCAAGACGAGGACACUAGUGCAGAAGAAAGUCGAUGAAUUGAGCAAGAAGCACAUGAGUGAAAUCGCCGAGCUAGAAGGCAGAAUUAGAGAGUUGGAGAAUACGAUUAAGGGUGAGCGGGAAAGUCUGAAGAAAGCUGUGAAAAUCACUGAUGAGAACAACACUCUGCGGGUUCGUAUUCGCGACUAUGAGUCGAAGCUUGAGAGUGCUAAGAACAAGAUCGCCCGUCUUGAGACACAGCUCAAAGUGAAAGAAGAGGAUAUACUGACUUCGGCUCGCCUUGUGAAGAAUUUGACUGAGCAGAGGGACUUGUUCAAGGCGCAGUUGGAAGGACUAGGUCAAGCGGCGUCCGAUACAGAGCUACUCGCUGCGAAUGCGCGAUAUGAAGCUCUUGUGAGCGCACAUAAGCAGGCGCUAGAAUGCGAGCAGAAGGCUCGUGGUGAGGCUGUAGAUUUGCGAGUGAAGAAUGAAGCCCAUGCGAGGGAGAGGGCUCGGCUGUAUGACGAGGUGAAUGCUCUUAAGAAGAAGAUUAUCAAAGAUCAACAGGACCACCUGGCCGAACGCGACCGGAUGUCGGCGACGUUUAAUCAGAGGAUCGAGGAGAUCACUAGGGAAUUCGCGGAUGGUGUUGCGACGAAGGCCGAGGAGAGGCGACGGAGCGGAGGAGGUGCGACAAGUGAGAAGCUCAGACUGCGAGUUGAGGAGCUUACUUUUGAACGAGAUGCCCUACUUGGUGAGCUCGAGGAAUGUCGUAAAGAGGUCCCGGCAGCUGUGCGUGGUGAUGAAGGAUGAAUUAAAAUGAAUCGAUCGCAUGAUAUAGUAACGAGUAUCUUA